AAAGUGCUUCGGCCGUUUGCACACGAGUUGGCGUAAGCGGGAGAAGGAAUGUCAUCCUUCCAAUGAAGAUACUGCAUGGUGACACUGCUGGAAGUACAAAUGCGUGAGGUCACUGCUCAGUUCUCAAAACGGAUCCAGACAAAAAUCAAGGAUCUUCUGCAGCAAAUGGAGGAAGGGCUGAAGACAGCAGACCCCCACGACUGCUCUGCCUAUACUGGCUGGACUGGCAUUGCCCUCUUGUAUCUCCAACUGUACCGUGUCACAAAAAAACAAAGCCAUUUGCAGCGAUCUCUUGAUUAUGUGAAGAGAAUCCUUCGCAAUCUGAAUGGCAGACGAGUUACUUUUCUCUGUGGUGAUGCUGGGCCACUGGCAGUGGGUGCAGUGGUUUAUCAUAUGCUGAAAAAUGAAACUGAAUCUAAGGAAUGUGUUGCUAGGUUGUUGCAGCUGCAAAGGACAGUCGUAAGCAUGGAUGCUGAACUUCCAGAUGAGCUGCUUUAUGGCAGAGCUGGUUACCUGUAUGCCUUGCUCUACCUGAAUACAGAAAUUGCUUCAGACACUGUCCCACAGUCCAUUAUCAAAGAGGUAAUAGAUGCCAUUAUUGAGUCAGGGAAAAACUUCUCGAAGGAGGAACGUAAAACAGAGCGUUGUCCUCUGUUAUAUCAGUGGCACAGGAAGCAAUAUGUUGGAGCGGCCCACGGUGUGGCUGGGAUCUAUUACAUGCUAAUGCAGCCAAUUGCAAAUGUGGAUCAGGAGACCUUGACAGAGUUGGUGAAGCCAAGCAUUGACUAUGUGCGUCAUAAAAAAUUCAGAUCUGGGAAUUACCCAUCAUCACUGAGCAAUGAGACUGACAGGUUGGUUCACUGGUGCCAUGGUGCCCCUGGAGUCAUCCACAUGCUCAUGCAAGCUUAUAAGACUUUUAAAGAGGACAAGUACUUGAAGGAUGCUAUGGAGUGUAGUGAUGUCAUCUGGCAAAGAGGUUUAUUGAGAAAAGGCUAUGGGAUCUGCCAUGGUACUGCUGGCAAUGGCUACUCCUUCUUGUCUCUCUAUAACCUAACUCAGGACAAAAAGUACCUCUACCGAGCUUGCAAGUUUGCUGAAUGGUGUUUGGAGUAUGGUGCACAUGGAUGCCGUAUUCCUGACCGCCCUUAUUCUCUUUUUGAAGGUAUGGCUGGAGCAAUUCAUUUCCUCUCAGAUAUUUCAGUACCAGAGACUUCCCGGUUUCCAGCGUUUGAACUUGGACCUCAGAGGAGAGAAGACAAAAUGGAACAUGACAGCUAAACGGUUCUUUGGAAAGUAAACACAUGCCAAAAGAGAUGAGACUGUUUAGUGCCUCUGAUACAGAACCAACCUUACCCUAAGCUGAUUGAUGGAUAAACCGUUUCUCACUUCUCCUGUCCCAAGGGACAUGAAGUCCUUAGAGCAUGAAUUGAGAGAAGCUACAUUUAAGUUCUGUUAAAGUGACACCUUCACAUGCAGAAUGAGAGAAGUCAGCUUUUGAACUUUGUCUCUUUCAUUGUAUUCGUCUUCUUCAGGUCUUUGACAUGACCUGCAUGUUUAUUGGUGUUGUCUGUUGAUUCAAGUCUUUUGUUGUUAGCAAAGAGCUGUUCUCUAUGUGAAGCUCCGUCCUGUACCUUCAUGCAUGACCUGUAACAACAGUGUUGCUUUCUGCAGUGUGGUUAGCCUGAGAGCUCCACUUUAUGCCAGAGAGUUCACUGUAAGAGAGUACUCAGCUUCACGAGUGAGCUGACAACUUCAAAAAGAGAUGGAAAACAUGGUUUUUUUUGUUGCUUUCUACAUUCUUCUCCUCCACAGUCCCUAGAAGCUGAGGUGAUGGAGAUCAGCCUUGCUUGAUGAAGUGGUAUGAAGCCUCAGUUUUCUGGAAUGCAUCAGGUUGGAUCUGGCCUGUGGCCUGACUUUUUUUUUUGCUGCU